GACCUUUCGACGCCCCACAUCACGAGGGGAGUGAGGACAGUCUCUCAGAAUUUCGGCUUCUCUACUCAGCGAUCCCGCCUGCUUUUCCGCAGGGGACCCCGGCCCCGUCCACACAAGCACAGCCUCCCGCUCUGCACGUUCCUGCAGGACCCGGCGAUGGCGGCCAACGGCACGGUGGGAGCCGAGGGGGAGAGCCUGGAGCAGCGCAUACGCCAAGUCAACAAUGAGUCUCUGGAGAGCACGCGGAGGAUGCUGCAGCUGGUAGACGAGAGCAAGGAUGCCGGGAUUCGAACUCUGGUCAUGCUGGAUGAUCAGGGAGAGCAGCUGGACCGAAUUGAGGACGGUUUGGACCAGAUCAUCCAAGACAUGAAGGAGGCGGAGAAGAACCUCACGGACAUGGCCAAGUGCUGCGGCCUUUUCGUCUGCCCGUGCGCCAAGUUAAGGAGCAUCAAAGCCCUGGAGGCCAGCAAAGCCGCCAGCGGCAACGGCCAGGACAAGGUGGUCUCCCGGCAGCCCUGCGUCGUGGCCGACGGGAACCAGAUGGUCAUGAGCGGGCCCUUCAUCCAGAGGGUAACGAAAGAUGACGUGGAGGAAGAAAUCGAGCAGAACCUGACCCAGGUGGACAGCAUGCUGAGCAACCUCCGCAGCAUGGCAGUGGAUAUGAGCAACGAGAUCGACGUGCAGAGCAAGCAGGUGGACAGCAUCAAAGACAAGGCGGUCGCGAACGUGAUCAGCAUCAACGCGGCCAACAACCAAACCACGAAGAUGCUGAAGAAAGCCUGAGCCGCCCCCCCGCUGCCUCCCCCCACCGCACGACAGCC